CGCGAUGGAUCCUGCGUGAUCGCGCGCCGCCGAGACCCGCGCCCGUUCGAUACCAUGGCCGCAACCACGACAGGGCUGUUAUGACGCGUCACGCGAUACGCCAAUUUAUAGCCGACUCUUGUAAUACGCAAUAAUCAGCCUCGGCGAUAAUGAGGGUUCGGAAUUGAUGUGUAACGUCAAACUUAUCUCGCGGACUUCCGAUAGAGUUUUUAUCGUUUGCCCGCGCACGUGCGAGCAGCGUCUUCUGCUUGCGACACACGUAUCUCUGAUACCGCUGGAGAAACGCUCCCUUAUUGAAUUAUCGAUCAUUUGACCUUGUUAUCUGCGCGCACAUUGUCUUCGCGCGUGCGGCACUCGAUGUGAUUUCGUGUAUCGCACAGUACGCGACGAUCGUGGGUCCAAAGUUCCUCGACGCGCGCGGAAAGCGUUUCCGAAAUUUUAUGUCGAAGUCGUAACGAAGGAUAUUUCGAUAUAAUCCCACUCGCCCCUCGACUCGCUCCACGUGCUUCGCUUUCACGCGGUUGAAAAUCGCGCGAACGGAGUCUAACGCGCAAGAAAGGUUCGCGUGCGAUGUUUAAAUAUUUAUUUCGCAUAUAACGACGAGAGUCCGGGAAAACAAAUUAAAAUUUUAUUCCUUGUCGCUGUCAGAUGUUGCAAAACCUUUUCUCUUCGAUUGGUUCGACGUGUUACCUGGCACUUGCAAUGUGAAUCGAGGUAUGAGCGUACAUUAUUAGUACAUUCGCGACACGGACAUAAAGAUAUGUUGCGAGAUAUACAUUUGAACGCCGAUGGGCAGCUCGGAGAGCGUAAUCUAGGCUGAAAUCUACGUGCAAUUGUCCCGCCUGGAAUCACGGGGCCGCGCGUGUUGCGCCUUCGUGGUUCGCCAGUGACGCCAGUGCGUUUGCGCGGCAAAUCGAUCCGCGAGUUUCGCCGACACCUCGCUAAGCGUCAUCGUCGCGGAGCCAGUUUGACGGCGGAUGUUCCCCGGAGGACUCGCCGCUUCCGCCCGUAAUAUGGAACAUCGUUCCGCCGUUCUCGAUCGACGAGGAGAUCGGGGAACAACCGAGAUAAGAAAGCGAUGCGCAGCCUCGCUCGCAAGCUGCUAGUAUGGCCGACGUUAGUGCUGUCCCUCCUGGUGGCCGGCCGUCUGCUGUUCGGCCGCGACUUCCGGUUGCCGACGACGACCCUCGUAUUUCGCGAUGACGGCGCGGUCCCGACGUUGGACAGUAGCCACGCGAAUUCGCAGCAGGACGCUGGUCCAGCAGGGCCGCCCGCCUACGCGGCGGGCAUGUACAUGGCGGGCCGGCAACCCCGCAACCAAAGUGCCUGCAGGUGGUACCACGGCCUGCCGGAUGUCCUCUCCUACCCAGCAUCCAGGCUCACCUGGAGUCCCGAAGUUGGAGAGAAGAGUCCCUACAGGGUCCUGCCGUUCGUGUUGCUCGGCGCCGUCGAAGCGACGGACAGUUUGCCCCAGGUCACGCUGUCCACACACGCCACCGCCGACCAGGUUUACGGGAUCGUGGAGCUCGCCAGACGGUGGGAGGGACCGCUCAGCCUGGCGGUGUUCGCGCCAGGCCUCGACGCCGGCCUCGCUGUCGCUCAGCUUGAUCGAGCCUGUCGUUGCGAGCCUACCAUGUACAAGGUUUCCGUCCACCUGGUGUUUCCGGCCGGUCGACCGCCCGCCCUGGGCGCGAUCAGUCGCGUCCAGGGCGACUGCGCCGCUUCCGAUCUUCAGUGGCGGCAGGCCGAGACCGAGAGGCGGAAGAGGAGGAUGACGUAUCCCAUCAAUGUCGCCCGGAACGUGGCGAGAACGCUCGCGAACACAUCCCGCGUGUUGGUGUCGGACAUCGAGCUGCUGCCGAGCGCGCGGCUGGCUUCCGGCUUUAUGGAGAUGAUGCACCAGAGACCGCCCAAGCGCGGCGUGGUCUUCGUCGUGCCUGUAUUCGAGAUAGAGUCCAAUGAACCGCCGCCGGCGACGAAGCACGAGCUGCUCGCCGCCUGCCAAGCCGGCCUGGCGGUGUAUUUCCAUAGGUUUGUCUGUCCGCACUGCCAGCGAUUUCCCGGGCUGACCAGGUGGAUGAUCAGACCGGAUCCGGGUAGGAUCCGACCGCUCAUCAUCACCAAAAGGGAAUAUCCGCAUCACAGGUGGGAGCCGGUCUUUAUUGGCACGCGCGACGACCCGCUCUACACGGAGGAGAUGUCUUGGGAGGGCAAGCAGGACAAGAUGGCCCAGAUGUUCGAGAUGUGUCUGUUGAAUUAUCGACUGGUCGUGCUCGACGGUGCCUUUUUAGUGCAUACUCCGGGAAUCAAGCGGAAAGCGCGCAAGAUCAGCGCGGCAACGCAGGAGUUCUUCCGGCCGCACGAGAGGAGGAACGCGAGGAUCUAUCAACGCGUGAUAAAGCGACUGAUCAAACGAUAUCCGAUCAAUCGUAGAUGCGCGCAGUGAGAUAGUUCAAAAUGCCGGCGCGAUACGUGAACUUUCCCGGAGAAAAAAAAACAGAGUUGAAGAAGGGACCGCUUUCGACACGCACGGUGCCUGUUUCCGUAUACAAUAGAAAAAUAUUUUUCGGUGACGUCGAAUUUUACAUUAGACUUAGGAGAGGCUGCGGGCUGGCACCAAUCGCUUUUUCACCGCGAAAAUAAAGGCUUUUUUUACUGAGAAAA